AUGGCUACAACAACACCAGUAGUGUCUGGUCGAGAGUUGACAAAUCCUCCGUCAGACGGAAUCUCCAACAUUCGUUUCUCUAAUCACAGUGAUCACCUUCUCGUUUCCUCAUGGGACAAGACUGUUCGUUUGUAUGAUGCAAGCGCAAAUGUGCUUAGAGGAGAGUUUCUCCACGGUGGACCCGUUCUUGACUGUUGCUUCCACGAUGACUCUUCCGGAUUCAGUGCCUCCUCCGAUAACACUGUCAGACGCCUUGUUUUCGCCACCGGGAAAGAGGAUAUUCUCGGAAAGCAUGAUGCUCCUGUUCGUUGUGUUGAGUACUCCUAUGCUGCAGGGCAAUUGAUCACUGGUAGUUGGGACAAAACCCUAAAAUGUUGGGAUCCUAGAGGUGCAAGCGGACAGGAGCGCACUCUUGUUGGGACAUAUCCACAGCCUGAGCGUGUUUACUCUCUAUCUCUUGUUGGACAUCGGCUUGUUGUAGCAACAGCUGGAAGACAUGUUAAUGUUUAUGACUUGAGGAACAUGUCUCUGCCUGAACAACGAAGGGAAUCAUCAUUGAAAUAUCAAACCAGAUGUGUACGCAGUUACCCAAAUGGAACAGGAUAUGCACUUAGUUCUGUUGAAGGGCGAGUUGCAAUGGAAUUCUUUGACCUCUCUGAAGCUAGCCAGGCAAAGAAAUAUGCUUUUAAGUGUCACAGAAAAUCUGAAGCUGGAAGGGAUAUCGUCUACCCUGUAAAUGCCAUGGCAUUCCACCCCAUAUAUGGUACAUUUGCCACAGGAGGUUGUGACGGUUUUGUUAAUGUAUGGGACGGAAACAACAAAAAGAGGCUGUACCAGUAUUCAAAAUAUCCAACUAGCAUUGCUGCACUCUCAUUUAGCAGAGAUGGCCGCCUCCUGGCUGUUGCAUCAAGUUACACAUUCGAAGAGGGACCCAAACCCCAAGAACAGGAUGCUAUCUAUGUUCGCAGCGUGAAUGAGAUUGAGGUCAAGCCAAAACCCAAAGCCUUUCCAAAUCCUACAGCUUGA